AUGGCACCUGCCAGCGAUCCCCCAACCUCAGCCAAGUCAACUCCAGAACCGUCAAAGAGAACAAAAUCCUCGGGAGUUAACCAAUCGAAUAUCUCCGAAUACUCAAAUAUUCGUCGAAUUGGUAUUCAAGGGCCCCAAAAAACACGUCGAAUACCACCGUGCUAUGGUCUGCAUCGAUUAGGAGCUCAAGGAGAAGCCGAGGUCAAAUCACAUCCGUUCUUGGCCAAUAUCAAUUGGGUCAACUUGUUCAAGAGCGAGGCUUCCUUUGUCCCAUCGUUGAUUGAACAGUCUCUUGCCUUGUUUGGAAGCUCUUAA